AUGGUGUGUGAGAGGCACUUAUCUUCAGAGGACGACACAGAAGGUUCAGUGCAGGAGGUCGGAGGUCGGGUCAUGGACGGUCUGCUCCAGUUCCUGCUGCAGAGGCCUGUGUUCCACUCAAGUCAAGUGAGUCACUGGGUUCACAGACCUGGGCUCCUGCUGCUGUUCGGCCCCAGGGAGGAGGAGGCAGCGAAGGAGGAAGAGGAGGAGGAGGAGGAAGAAGAGGAGGAAGAGGAGGAGGAGGAGGAGGAGGAGGAGGAGGAGGAAGAGGAGGAGGAGGAGGAGGAAGAGGAGGAGGAGGAGGAGGAAGAGGAGGAGGAGGAGGAGGAGGAGGAGGAAGAGGAGGAGGAGGAGGAGGAGGAGGAGGAGGAGGAGGAGGAGGUGAAGGAGGAGGAGGAAGAGGAGGAGGAGGAGGAGGAGGAAGAGGAGGAGGAGGAGGAGGAGGAGGAGGAGGAGGAGGUGAAGGAGGAGGAGGAAGAGGAGGAGGAGGAGGAGGUGAAGGAGGAGGGGGGUUCUCCCUUCUCUCUUAACUUCUGCAUUCGUGGAAGUGCAGGGAGGAGACAGGCCGACAGGGAGGAGCACAGACUGUUGCACACACACACUCAGCCUGACAUGGCACUGCACUGUCGGGGAACUAGGACUAAACCACAGAGCGUGUCCCAGAGCGUGUCCCUGAGCGUGUCCCAGAGAGUGUCCCAGAGCGUGUCCCAGAGCGUGUCCCAGAGCGUGUCCCAGAGCGUGUCCCAGAGAGUGUCCCAGAGCGUGUCCCAGAGCGUGUCCCAGAGCGUGUCCCAGAGCGUGUCCCAGAGCGUGUCCCAGAGCGUGUCCCUGAGCGUGUCCCAGAGCGUGUCCCAGAGCGUGUCCCAGAGCGUGUUCCAGAGCGUGUUCCAGAGCGUGUCCCUGAGCGUGUCCCAGAGCGUGUCCCAGAGCGUGUCCCAGAGCGUGUCCCUGAGCGUGUCCCAGAGAGUGUCCCAGAGCGUGUCCCUGAGCGUGUCCCAGAGAGUGUCCCAGAGCGUGUCCCUGAGCGUGUCCCAGAGCGUGUCCCAGAGCGUGUCCCAGAGAGUGUCCCAGAGCGUGUCCCAGAGCGUGUCCCAGAGAGUGUCCCAGAGCGUGUCCCAGAGCGUGUCCCAGAGCGUGUCCCAGAGCGUGUCCCAGAGCGUGUCCCAAGUGUCCCAGAGCGUGUCCCAGAGCGUGUCCCAGAGCGUGUCCCUGAGCGUGUCCCAGAGCGUGUCCCAGAGCGUGUCCCAGAGCGUGUUCCAGAGCGUGUUCCAGAGCGUGUCCCUGAGCGUGUCCCAGAGCGUGUCCCAGAGCGUGUCCCAGAGCGUGUCCCUGAGCGUGUCCCAGAGAGUGUCCCAGAGCGUGUCCCUGAGCGUGUCCCAGAGAGUGUCCCAGAGCGUGUCCCUGAGCGUGUCCCAGAGCGUGUCCCAGAGCGUGUCCCAGAGAGUGUCCCAGAGCGUGUCCCAGAGCGUGUCCCAGAGAGUGUCCCAGAGCGUGUCCCAGAGCGUGUCCCAGAGCGUGUCCCAGAGCGUGUCCCAGAGCGUGUCCCAGAGCGUGUCCCAAGUGUCCCAGAGCGUGUCUCAGAGCGUGUCCCAGAGCGUGUCUCAGAGCGUGUCCCAGAGCGUGUCCCAGAGCGUGUCCCAGAGCGUGUCCCAGAGCGUGUCCCAGAGUGUGUCCCUGAGCGUGUCCCAGAGCGUGUCUCAGAGCGUGUCUCAGAGCGUGUCCCAGAGCGUGUCCCAGAGCGUGUCCCAGAGCGUGUCCCAGAGCGUGUCCCAGAGCGUGUCCCAGAGAGUGUCCCAGAGCGUGUCCCUGAGCGUGUCCCAGAGAGUGUCCCAGAGCGUGUCCCAGAGCGUGUCCCUGAGCGUGUCCCAGAGCGUGUCCCAGAGCGUGUCCCAGAGAGUGUCCCAGAGCGUGUCCCAGAGAGUGUCCCAGAGCGUGUCCCUGAGCGUGUCCCAGAGUGUGUCCCAGAGCGUGUCCCAGAGCGUGUCCCAGAGAGUGUCCCAGAGAGUGUCCCAGAGCGUGUCCCUGAGCGUGUCCCAGAGCGUGUCUCAGAGCGUGUCUCAGAGCGUGUCCCAGAGCGUGUCCCAGAGCGUGUUCCAGAGCGUGUCCCAGAGCGUGUCCCAGAGCGUGUCCCAGAGAGUGUCCCAGAGCGUGUCCCUGAGCGUGUCCCAGAGAGUGUCCCAGAGCGUGUCCCAGAGCGUGUCCCUGAGCGUGUCCCAGAGCGUGUCCCAGAGCGUGUCCCAGAGAGUGUCCCAGAGCGUGUCCCAGAGAGUGUCCCAGAGCGUGUCCCUGAGCGUGUCCCAGAGUGUGUCCCAGAGCGUGUCCCAGAGCGUGUCCCAGAGAGUGUCCCAGAGAGUGUCCCAGAGCGUGUCCCUGAGCGUGUCCCAGAGAGUGUCCCAGAGCGUGUCCCAGAGCGUGUCCCAGAGCGUGUCCCUGAGCGUGUCCCAGAGCGUGUCUCAGAGCGUGUCCCAGAGCGUGUCCCAGAGCGUGUCCCAGAGCGUGUUCCAGAGCGUGUCCCAGAGCGUGUCCCAGAGCGUGUCCCAGAGAGUGUCCCAGAGCGUGUCCCAGAGCGUGUCCCAGAGCGUGUCUCAGAGCGUGUCCCAGAGCGUGUCCCUGAGCGUGUCCCAGAGUGUGUCCCAGAGCGUGUCCCAAGUGUCCCAGAGCGUGUCCCAGAGCGUGUCCCUGAGCGUGUCCCAGAGCGUGUCUCAGAGCGUGUCCCAGAGCGUGUCCCAGAGCGUGUCCCUGAGCGUGUCCCAGAGAAGAGUGUCCCAGAGCGUGUCCCAGAGCGUGUCCCAGAGCGUGUCCCAGAGAGUGUCCCAGAGCGUGUCCCAGAGAGUGUCCCAGAGAGUGUCCCAGAGCGUGUCCCUGAGCGUGUCCCAGAGAGUGUCCCAGAGCGUGUCCCAGAGCGUGUCCCAGAGCGUGUCCCUGAGCGUGUCCCAGAGCGUGUCACAGAGCGUGUCCCAGAGCGUGUCCCAGAGCGUGUCCCAGAGCGUGUUCCAGAGCGUGUCCCAGAGCGUGUCCCAGAGCGUGUCCCAGAGCGUGUUCCAGAGCGUGUCCCAGAGCGUGUCCCAGGGCGUGUCCCAGAGAGUGUCCCAGAGAGUGUCCCAGAGCUUGUCCCAGAGAGUGUCCCAGAGCGUGUCCCAGAGAGUGUCCCAGAGCGUGUCCCUGAGCGUGUCCCAGAGUGUGUCCCAGAGCGUGUCCCAAGUGUCCCAGAGCGUGUCCCUGAGCGUGUCCCAGAGAGUGUCCCAGAGCGUGUCCCAGAGCGUGUCCCUGAGCGUGUCCCAGAGCGUGUCUCAGAGCGUGUCCCAGAGCGUGUCCCAGAGAGUGUCCCAGAGCGUGUCCCAGAGCGUGUCCCAGAGCGUGUCCCAGAGCGUGUCCCAGAGAGUGUCCCAGAGCGUGUCCCAGAGAGUGUCCCAGAGUGUGUCCCUGAGCGUGUCCCAGAGCGUGUCUCAGAGCGUGUCCCAGAGCGUGUCCCAGAGCGUGUCCCAGAGAGUGUCCCAGAGAGUGUCCCAGAGCGUGUCCCAGAGAGUGUUCCAGGGCGUGUCCCAGAGAGUGUCCCAGAGCGUGUCCCAGAGCGUGUCCCAGAGAGUGUCCCAGAGCGUGUCUCAGAGCGUGUCCCAGAGCGUGUCCCAGAGCGUGUCCCAGAGCGUGUCCCAGAGCGGCUGCUGCAGGAUCAGCCGAGGGCCUCUCUCUCUCUGUGCAGUGACAAAGUAG